UGGUACCAUCGGAAAUCGAACCCUGGAACUCUGACCACUAGACCACAGAGGCGGUCGACCUUGCGACAUAUAAUGGGGAAAAAAAGAGGGGACUUCAUGGGAAUCAUGAGCAAAGUAUAGAAAGAUAACUUAAAAAAUCACAAUAGAAAUAACUCGAAUAAAUAAUAAUGAAAUAAUAACCUCAAAACAGAUUACUUUCAUAAGAUAAUACAAUCGCGAUGAGCACGGUCUGUUUCCAGACAAGAUAAAGCUUCCAGAUACAGUUAGUGUACCUGGCAGGAAACAGGGCCACACCGACCGUGUCGGCACUUCAAUCGCGUAUUAGUUUUCAUAAAUAACGAAGCAGCCUCCUACCAGACGUCGGAAUGCCUACAAAUUCAGGGGAAUCUGAGAGGGCGUGUUCCAACACAGAACAUCCCGGCGAUCCAGGCGCAUCAAGCAUUUCGGACGAAACUGCGUCAUCCACCAAUUGGGAUAUUUCGAAUUUGCCAGAAAUUACUAAACCUCCUGAGGUGUCCAGAGAUGCACCCGAAACCUCGCCAUUUACAGAAACAUUCGAAACUUCUGGAAGACUUGAGGAAAAUGAGAAAGCAGAGUCAAGCCCCGAGGAAGGUUUGAAAGUAUUUUUGACUAAUGAAUAUCCAGUAUAUAGUCCAGACGCAGCGCCUCUGUGUGCAGCUGCCGAGGCAACGAUAUGCACUUCCAAAGGAAACAAACAAUCAAAUCUACUUGCAGGUCCAAUGGAUGCUACUGGUGCCAAGAACGGUGCGUUUCAACUUGAUGAAGCAAAGCAGCAGAAAGAUGACGUUCAGAUCCAGGUGGUCUCCUCUACUUCCACUGCCCGGCGCCAAAAUGUCUUACUCGGAUGGGACGUUCUCAAAUCCUGGUCACUGUUGGGUCUCCUGGCUGGAUUCAUCUUAUGGGCCGCCAUAUUCUUUCCGCUCUUGCUUAAUGGAAUCAUCUAACCAAAGUCGGAUUAAGACGUCACGAUUCGCUAGUCUACGGGAAUGAUAAGGCUAUAAAACUGUUAAUUUAUAAGCACUGAUUAAUAAAUACUAGAGAUUUUUCGUUGGAUAAUUUCUUCAUGGCAGAAAAUAACGACCAUUCUUGUAGUAACAAUAACUUUGUAAUAGUAUAUUCUACGUCUAAUUAUUGUGAAUUAAGUCUCCAUGUACCAAAACACAGGUUUCAUAAUAUUGUCACGUGUAUGUGUGACUAUAUACGGGGUAUGGAUUGGUAAUUGGAUUUAUUGAACACUUAUAGAUCGUAACUAUAGCGCCAUAGCUGAUUCACAUACUUUGCAGUUCAUUACAGCAUGUACUAAGUCUUCUGUCUCCUGCCUUCACCAGUUGUUGCCUGCUGACGGAUCCCAACAAUUUCCUCUGCUUCCGUGUUCAGGUUCUUACCGGCUGGUGACUGUCCCACAACUAACUCAUUGCUCCGACUGUCCUACUUAUAACAUAUCGGCACGAACCGCACAGAAAACAUUGUUCUUUUGUUGCUUAGCGAACCGCGCAGAAAGUGUCAUUCCUCUGUUGUACAGUCGCCUAUCUCUAUCGGUCGCCGCCUAGCAACGGGCCUACUUCCCACAAUAUGUUAAAUAAAUAUACCAUGUAUGAAUAAUACAUGUGGAAGUAAAAAACGUUGCUCCUCGUUUUCCCUUACAUUAGCUCUAGACUUUGCUAGUGAAUGCCAGGUCUUGACAUUCUCUUAAAAACAGUCAAGGUGGACGAGCUGCGGGCAUGGUUGUAAAAUUUCGUUGCAAACGUGUCCACUGGUAGUGUGAGAGUCUGGUCUCAUUUUUUACAACAACUAAAAGAAAUACGGCCUAAUUUUCUUUAUUUUAGAGAAAUAAAUAUCUCAACGCUCAUCACGGUGGUCGCGCGGUC